CUACUAUUCCACACACACACUCUCUCUCUGUCUCUCUCUCUCUCUCUCUCCACACACACUCUCCACACACACUCCACAAACACACGUUUUGACGGUAUUGACUCCUUCUUACCAUAGCAAAUGGCUUACACAGUCGGCAACCAUAGCCUGGAUCUGCAAAGUACCUUGACUCGGAUCAUGAGUUCGGGAGGAUUCAGUGACCUUCGGUUUGUCUGCAAUGGACAGAGCUUGAAUGUCCACAAGGCGAUUGUCUGUCUCCAGCCUCCGCCGAUCAAAGCAGCUGUCGAGGGGAACUUCGAAGUACUUAUUCUGCUACCGGGGGAGUGAUAGCGAUACUAGGCUAACGAGCCGGACCUUAUCCAGGAAUCCCAAACUGCUAUCAUCAACAUGGACAACUUUCAGCCCGGGGCGGUGAAGGCGCUGGUUGAGUAUCUCUACACCGGCGGGUAUGGAAGCCUCUCAACGAGUGAUAAUGCCGUAGGUGUUUCGCAGACUCCUUCCGAUCUUGAAUCAUCGUCUUCGAGCCCAGAUACGGCCACACUUCUGCUUGACCAUAUGCGUGUUAACGCCAUUGGUGAUUAUUAUCAGGUCGAUGGCCUUAUGACCGCUGCAAAUCAGAAGAUCAAACACCUGCAUGAGAGCUCCAAGGCUGACAAAUCCUGGGUUGCAAGUCUUCCCACCGCGAUUUGGCUGGCCAUAAGCUGUACAGCAAAUGAAGGCCUGCUUGACAUCUUGGCUGAAGUGACUGCUAAAGAGCUGGCUUCUAUCAUCCAUCUAGAAGACUUCAUUUCAAUCGAGCCCAUCUAUGAGUUUGCCGGGAAAGUGCUGCAUGGGUGCUGGGAAAGAAUUCAGGGACUGUUGAAUGAAAAUGACCAGCUGAAGUCCGAUUUAUCCAGCAAAGAUUUCGAGCGUCGGAUGGCAGAGCGUGAACAUGAGAGAGUUCAGUCACAUUAUAGACGCAUGGAGCAGUGCUUGACAGUCCUGAACAACACAUCGUUCUGCAGGAUCCCCAAAUGUGGUGGGGAGUUCUGGUGCGCUAUUGAUGCCAAGGAGUGCAUUGUCCGGUGCGACUGUGUUCGCAGACGCAAGACACAGGCUGCCGCUAGCUUUUACCGUCCCUCUGGACCUGCGUGA